AAAAGCGGCGGAAAGCAAAAGUGGCUGAGCAGAGAGAAGAGAGCAGAGCAAAGCAGUGAGUGGCAAUGGCGCUCCAUCCGCCAUCCUAGCUGCACUGGCACUGCAUCCUCCUCUCCUUCUCUUAGAGAAGACAAGACAAGGAAGAGGAGCAAUGGAGGCGGCCUCCUCGGACCAGUAUCGCUCCUCCUCCUCCUCCGCCAGCAGCCCCGCGCGCCGCUACUACCUCCCCAAGCCCGGCGCGCUCCGCCGCCCCAUCUCCUUCGAGGACUCGCCCGACUGGGACGACAUCCACCUCGACGACAGCAUCCACCUCGCCACGGCCGCCUCUGCAUCCAUCAACAGCAGCGCCUACCCGUCUCCAUCGCCAUCCCUGCCACCACCCGCCUCCGGUGCAGCUGCUGCUGCAUGCCGGGAGCGCAAGGUGGCUGGGGCCACCCUCGUCUGGAAGGACCUCACCGUCUCCUCCCUCAGCACAAGCACAAACCGCUUCUCCGACCGCCUCGUCAAGAGCUCCAACGGCUACGCGCUGCCGGCCACGCUCACCGUCAUCAUGGGACCCGCCCGCUCCGGCAAAUCUACCCUGCUCCGAGCAAUUGCAGGGAGGCUCAGUGCCGCUGAGAGGAUGUACGGCGAGGUCUUUGUCAAUGGGGCCAAGUCUCGCCUACCCUACGGCUCAUAUGGUUAUGUUGAUCGAGACGAUGUGCUCAUUGACUCUCUCACAGUACGUGAGAUGCUAUACUUCUCGGCCCUCCUCCAACUUCCUGGUUUCUUAUCUUCAAACAAGUCCAUAGUGGAAGAUGCCAUCGCGGCCAUGUCACUAGGUGACCAUGCUGACAAACUGAUUGGCGGCCACUGUUUUACGAACAAGCUUCCUAAUGGAGAAAGAAGGCGGGUCAGCAUCGCGAGAGAGCUUGUGAUGAGACCGCAUGUUUUAUUUAUUGAUGAACCUUUGUAUAAUCUUGACAGUGUUUCUGCACUGCUCUUAAUGGUAACGUUGAAGAAACUUGCAGGCACUGGUUGCACGAUCAUCUUCACAAUGUACCAGAGCAGCACAGAGGUUUUUGGGCUUUUCGAUCGCAUUUGCUUGCUUUCAAAUGGGAACACACUCUUCUUUGGAGAAACAUUGGCUUGCCUACAGCACUUCUCAAAUGCGGGAUUUCCAUGUCCAAUCAUGCAAAGUCCAUCCGACCAUUUCUUGCGGGCAAUCAAUACUGACUUUGACAGAAUCAUAGCUAUGUGCAAGAACUUACAGGAUGACCAAGGGGAUUUUUCGUCCGUGAGCAUGGACACAGCAGUGGCUAUUCGAACACUUGAAGCAACAUACAAACAAUCAGCUGACUCUGUUGCAGUUGAAUCAAUGAUUGCAAAGUUGACAGAGAAGGAAGGUCCCUACUUAAAAAGUAAAGGCAGGGCCAGUGAUGCAAUAAAAAUCGUGGUUCUAACCUGGAGAUCGUUGCUAAUUAUGUCAAGAGAUUGGAAGUACUACUGGAGCAGACUUGCCUUGUAUAUGUUUAUUGCUCUGUCAAUCGGGACAAUAUUUUCUGACAUUGGUCAUUCACUAUCAUCUGUAAUGGUAAGGGUUUCUGCAAUAUUUGCGUUUGUAUCAUUCGUCAUCCUUCUAAGUUUUUCUGGAGUACCCGCACAUAUUGAUGAGGUUAAGAUUUAUUGUCAUGAAGAAACUAACCGGCAUUCUGGGGCAAUGGUCUUCAUGUUAGGGCACUUCCUAUCGAGCAUUCCUUUUGUAUUCCUGGUUUCCAUUUCGUCGUCGUUGGUUUUCUACUACCUGAUAGGGCUGAGGAAUGAGUUCAGCUGCCUGAUGUACUUUGUAGUCACCAUCUUUAUGUGCCUACUAGCUAACGAAGCACUGAUGAUGAUUGUCGCGUAUAUCUGGCUGGAGACGUACAAAUGCACCGUAACUCUGGCUUGCCUAUACGUUAUCAUGAUGCUUGUGGCGGGGUAUUUCCGAAAACGAGAAACUUUACCUUAUGCUGUCUGGACUUACCCAUUGUCCUUCAUUUCAUUUCACACGUACACGGUGCAGGGCUUGGUGGAAAACGAGUAUGUGGGGACAUCCUUUGCUGUGGGAGAGAUAAGGAGUAUACCUGGUGUGCAAGCCGUUCGAGGUUCAUAUGACAUCUCAUCUUCCGCAAACGCAAAGUGGGUGAACCUGCUGGUGUUGCUUCUGAUGGCCAUUGGAUACCGGAUUGUCCUGUACAUGUUGCUUCGGCUAAAUGUGAGGAAACAGGUUGGCAGGUGGAGGGCUUGGUGGUCUAGAAUCCAUAGAGGUGCUGGUGCUGGUGCAAAGUGAGCAGAGCUCCGUUUGUUGAUGAAUUGUAGGUUGUAUGUAUUCGCUUCAUGUCCAUGUAUAUGCAUGAUGUAUUGGUUGGUUGGCGGCGGGCAGUACACUCACAUAUACACCUGACGCAUACGUUAGUUACUUUGGGUAUAUCAAUUUAUCAAGCAAUCCAAUCAUGGUUUGAUA